AUGCGGGAGGAUUUUGCGCAGUACAUGAGCUUUGUGGACGCCUGCUUGCGCGCCAUUGAAAGCGCCCGAGACGAUCACUUGAUUCUCGACCUGUUCGCUGAACCAUUGACCCGCCAGAUCGCACCGAAGCUCGUGCCGCGUUUCAAAGCCGAGACCUAUAGACCGGGAGAUUUCAUGGCGCUGCGCUCUCGAUACCUUGACGAGGCCAUUUUGCAUCGCAAUCCAAACAUCCGGCAAGUGGUGAUACUGGGUGCAGGGCUAGACACCCGAGCGUUCCGACUCGGCUCAUUGCGUGGAUGUCACGUGUUCGAGAUCGACCAAAGCGUCCAACUCUUCGCACAUAAGAGCGCGGUGUUGAAUGAGUUGGACCCCGAGCUUAUUGCAGAACGUCACAACUGCAUCGUGGCCAACCUCAACGACUUCAAUUGGGAAGAAAAUUUACUGUCGAGUAGGUUUAAUCCAGACAUCCCCACGUUCUGGGCAAUGGAAGGUCUUACGAUGUACCUCACGCGUGCAAGCAAUCUCGCAUUGCUCAAGACCAUCGAUAUCUUGUCGGCUCCAGGCAGUGAAAUCUGGGCCGAUAUGGUGGGCGAAGCGUUCGUAACGGGAAGUGAACUGGGUCUCUUUACAGAAUUGAGCCAACUGUGCGAGAGCGAGGUGGGCGAGACAUUGUUCAUAUACGGUGAGAAUAACGUGCUCGAAGGCGUGUUCAGUGAACUAUCAUGGGAGAUGGAGGUGCAAGCUGCACUCGCGAAUCAAGGAACGCAUUUUGGACGCGAAUGGGUCCCCAUGCGCAGUCGACGGGACAACACCCCGGUGGCAUUCACCUUUGUGCUAGCCAAGAAACCGCUAACAGAUCUGUCGUAA